AUGGCCACAACCUUCACUCGUCUGGGCCUCCGAACGGCCUCACCGUUCUUGCAUGCUCCCUUCCGACCCUCCCAGACGUUCCUUCAACCUCUCCGCCGUCUCUCCUCUACAACAACCGCCUCAUCAACGUCAAUACCUCCCACCAGCGCCACCACCACCUCAGUAAACCCGCUCGAUUGGAACACUUUUCUCAAACUACGUAAACAAAAGCGUCGCUACAAUCUCGCAGGUUCAAUUGUUUGUUCCAUGCUUACGUCGACUAUUGGUCUUAAUAUUCUGGGAACACAGGAGAUUGAUCCUUCGAAGAUGAUUUGGGGCUUAGAUCCACUUAUGGUGCUUGGUAUUGGAUUGAUCGCCUGUGGUGCUACUGGGUGGUUGAUUGGACCUGUUGCUGGAACUCAGGCUUUCAAGAUUGCUAAUCGAAGGUGGAUGGGAGAGAUUACAAAGAAAGAAAAGGAAUUCUUCGCUCAUAUCAAGAAGAACCGCGUUGAUCCUUCAUUCCAGAGUUUUUCAAACCCAGUGCCAGAUUAUUAUGGAGAAAAGAUUGGAUCGCUGUCACAAUAUAGACAGUGGUUGAAGGAUCAAAGAGCAUACAAUAGGAAGAGAGAAAAGUUCUUAUAA